AUGUCGUCGUCCGGGUGCGCGCCGUGGGGCCGCCGGCGCGGCGGGGACCUGUCUGGCGGCGACGGCAGCGGCCGGUUCAGCGUCUUCACGGCGAUCCUCCCGUCGCUGGGCGCGCACAGCCACAGCAUCAGGCGGCGCCGCGUCCGGCGCUGCGUCGUGUCCCCCUACGACCGCCCGUACCACCUGUGGGACAACUACCUCGUCUGCCUCGUGCUCUACUCCGCGUGGGUGUCCCCCUUCGAGUUCGGCUUCCUCCAGAACCCCCACGGCGCGCUGGCCAUCGCCGACAACACCGUCAACGCCUUCUUCGCCAUGGACAUCGUGCUCACCUUCUUCGUCGCCUACACCGACAAGAGGACCUACCUGCUCGUCGACGACCCCGCCAAGAUCGCCUGGCGCUACGCCACCACCUGGCUCGUCCUCGACGUCGCCUCCACCGUGCCCACCGAGCUGUCCCGCCGGAUCCUCCCGUCCGACCUCCGAGACUACGGCUUCUUCGGCAUGCUCCGCCUCUGGCGGCUCCGGCGCGUUGGCGCCUUCUUCUCCCGCAUGGAGAAGGACAGGAAGCUGAGCUACUUCUUGGUGCGGUGCGCCAAGCUCGUCGCCGUGACGCUCUUCGCCGUGCACUGCGCGGGGUGCUUCUACUACCUCCUCGCCGACCGGUACCCGGACCCGGCCGCGACCUGGAUCAGCAUCUCCAUGCCGCAGUUCCACAACGAGAGCAUCUGGAACCGCUACGUGGCGUCCAUGUACUGGUCCAUCACCACCCUCACAACUGUCGGCUACGGCGACAUGCACGCCGUCAACUCGAGGGAGAUGCUCUUCACCACCUUCUACAUGCUCUUCAACCUCGGCCUCACCGCCUACCUCAUCGGCAACAUGACCAACCUCGUCGUCCACGGCACCAGCCGCACCAGGAAAUACAGGGACAAGAUCCAGGCGGCAACGAGCUUCGCGCAGCGGCACGGGCUGCCGGAGAGGCUGCAGGAUCAGAUGAUCUCUCACCUGAGCCUGAAGUUCAGGACGCACUCGGAGGGGCUCCAGCAGCAGGAGACGCUGGACAUACUGCCCAAAGCAUUAAGGUCCAGCAUCUCGCACCACCUCUUCUUCGGCCUGGUCCAGAACGUCUACCUCUUCCAGGGGGUCUCCAAUGACCUCAUCUUUCAGCUCGUGUCUGAGAUGAAGGCCGAGUACUUUGCGCCGCGAGAAGACGUGAUACUGCAGAACGAGGCGCCCGCGGAUUUCUACAUUAUUGUCACUGGUAGUGUGGAGUUGCUGGAAAUCCAGAACGGUGCAGAGCAGCUGGCCGGCAUGGCCAAGUCCGGCGACGUCAUCGGCGAGAUCGGAGUCCUGUGCUACAGGCCUCAGCUCUUCACGGCCAGGACAAAGUCCCUGUGCCAGCUCCUGCGCCUGGACCGCGCCGACUUCCUCAAGGUCGUCCAGUCCAACGUUGGGGAUGCCACCAUAGUCAUGAACAACCUCAUCCAGUACCUCAAGGAACACAAGGGCGACGGCGUGAUCUCCGGCAUCGCCAAGGACAUCGAGCGCAUGCUGGCCUCUGGCCAGCUUGAUCUGCCCAUCACGAUCUGCUUCGCGGCGUCCAGAGGAGACGAUUUUUUGUUGCAUCAGCUGCUGAAGCGCGGCCUGGACCCCAAUGAAACCGAUAACUGCGGCCGUACAGCACUGCAUAUAGCUGCUUCCAAUGGGAGUGAGCAGUGCGUUAGGCGGCUGUUGGAGAGUGGCGCUGAUGCGAAUUCCAGAGAUUCAGAAGGAAAGGUGCCCCUGUGGGAGGCCUUGUGCAGGAGGCACCAGCCGGUGGUGCAGCUGCUGGUGGAGGCCGGCGCGGACCUGUCGGCGGGGGACGGGGCCAUGUACGCCCGCGUCGCCGUCGAGGAGGAUGACGCCGUGCUGCUGGGGGAGAUCGCCCGGUGCGGCGGCGACGUGGCCGCCGCGUGCUCUAGCGACGGCACCACCCCGCUGCACCGCGCCGUCCUGGACGGGAACGCCAGGAUGGUCAGGGUCCUGCUGGAACACGGCGCUGAUCCAGACAGGGGGGACGCCCGCGGGUUGACGCCGAUGGCCUUGGCCGACCGCCACGCCCACGCCGAGAUUCAGCAGCUGUUCGCGUCGCACCGCCACCGGGCCCAACAGGGAGCGCCGAAGCUCUCGUCGACGGAGGAGGGCGCUGCCGUCGCGCCGGCGGUUCCGCAGGUCGCGAGGUUCAGGAACCCACCGUCAGCGAGAGUCCUGCCGCCCACUGGGAGCGUCGGGUCGUCGCCGUCGCCGUCGCCCACGCCGCAGCGGAUGGCCAGCUUCCGGAACUCCCUCUUCGGCGUCAUCUCCUCGUCGUUCCACGGAAACCGACAACACGACGGCGGCGGCGGUACGAGCUUCCACCAUCGCCACGAGAGGAAUCAGAACUCGCACGUCAGGGUGACCAUCUCGUGCCCUGAACAGGGACGGAGCGAGAGGAGGCUGCUCGUGUUCGUGCCGGAGACGAUGCUGCAGCUGCUCGAGCUCGGGGGAAACAGAUUCGGAUUCGCGGCGACAAGGGUAGUAACGAGCGACGGCGCCGAGAUCGACGACGUGAGACUCGUCAGGGACGGCGACCACCUCCUCCUCGUCUCCGAUCAGUGGGCGCCCCACACUACCAGCACGCAUAGGAAUCAAUAAUGAAAGCACCGAUGUCUUGG